GGCGGCGCGCGGUGCAUUGUGGGGGGCGGUCGAGGCGGCCCGCGGGCGCCGGAGCCGGACCCGGCGCAUGGGGUGGCGUGGCCGGGACUGAGCUCCCCUCCGGCACCAUGAGCGAGACGGUGCUGUGCUCAGCCCGGGCCACGGUGAUGAUCUAUGAUGAUACCAACAAGAAAUGGGUCACGGCUGGGUCGGGGUCCAGCGCCUACAGCCACGUGCAGCUCCUGCACCGCCCUGCGGCUGGUGCCUUCCGUGUUGUGGCCCGCAAGAUCCAGCCUGACCAGCAGGUGGUGAUGAACUGUGCGCUGGUCCGGGGGCUGCGCUACAACCAGGCAACUGCCAGCUUCCACCAGUGGCGUGAUGCCCGCCAGGUUUGGGGGCUCAGCUUCUGCACUCGGGAGGAUGCUGCUGCCUUUGCCACCGCCAUGCAGGGCGCACUCGCUACCCUUGACACUGGCUCCACACAGGCCUGGCUGGCCCCGAACGGCCCCAGCCCGGAGGAGAUGGAGCCACAGAGAAGGCAGCAGAUGGAGCCGCAGCAGCAGGUGGAGCCAGAGCGCCGGGGCCCAGGCACAGGAGCUCCACAACCCCCUUCAGGAGGACCCCUGCCUCCGCCUGGCCCUCCACCCCCACCAGGGCCACCCCCCCCACCUGGUCCUCCCCCUGCUACUGGGGGGGGGCCACCACCUGCACCCCCCCUGCCUGCAACCCAGGGCCCUGGUGCAGGGGGUGGGAGUGGGGGCACUGGUCUUGCAGCUGCCCUUGCAGGGGCCAAACUCAGGAAAGUUGGCAAGCCCCAGGAGGAUGGUGCUAGCCCAGGCGGGGGUGGGGGCAGUAGUGGCAGCCCCGGCUCAGCCCCCCGGAGCACGGGUGGCAGUGGUGGGGGGCUCAUGGAGGAGAUGAACGCCAUGCUGGCCCGGCGGCGGAAGGCGACGCUGCAGGGUGACAAGCCCCUUCCAAAGAGAGAUGAGGAUGUUUCAAGUCAAGAUGACUCUGAGGCCUCAGGGACUAGGACCCCCAGCCAGCAGCCCGCUGUGCCCCCCCCAGCAGCCUGUCCUCACCUACAUGUCUCUGCAGACCUGGUCCGGCGGCCGUGGGAGAAGAACAGCACCACGCUGCCCAGGGCAAAAUCAGCUGCUCCUGUGAGCAGCAUGGAACCACCCAGCGCGGAGGACUCAGACCUGGAGCGAGUCAAACAGGAGCUGCUGGAGGAGGUGCGGCGGGAGCUGCAAAAGGUGAAAGAGGAGAUCAUUGAGGCAUUCGUGCUGGAGCUGCGGAAGCGUGGAGGCCCCUAGGGUGCAGCCCCCUGCCCCCCACCCCGUGGUGCCUUACCCAGGCUCAGCACCCCCUGGGGGUUGUCCCAGGAGUGCCAUGCCCUGGGGGUGGGGCCAUGCCCCCUCCCUGCCGACAGGGCCACACCUCCCCACUCCUACCCCCUUUCCUGGUGCAUUGGGUUUUUUGGGGUUCGGUUGUUUUAUAGCUUUGGGGAGGCCUUUCCACCCCCCUGGCCUGGGGUGGGAUUGAGAACCCCCCCCUUGCCUCACCCCUUGGUAUCAGGUGGAGCUAAUUCAGCCCCACCCCCCUAGCAUGGAGGGUGGGGCCUGGGUCCCCCCUCUCCCCCGAGAGUUCAGCUUUGUUUCUCUCUUUUAUACGGUUUUUGGGUUUUUGUUUUUUUUUUUUUUGUUUUUUGUUUUUUUACUGAUUUCACGGGUUUUGGGCCUUGGCCUGAGUUCAAUAAACCUGCCUUUUUGUAUGGCA